GCAACUGCAAACUGCUGAGCAAAAGUACACAUAUACUACAUCCUCGCCAACGAUAUCGAUAGCCAGCACAGCAACAGAGCAACUAGCACCUCUGAGGACCACCGGAAAACCCAGGUCGACCACUCAACGCACUCACCAUGAGCAAACGGAAACGAGGCUCCGACAACCAACCCGCCGACGAAGCACAACCACCCCGUCCACCGCCAAAGGAAAACUCCUGCAACUUUUGGGUCAAAGGAAAACGGAAAUACUGUCACCUAGGCGUUGCGCCCACCCACCUCUUCUGCGGGCAACACGCAGAGUUCGAGGACCGUACCCGUGAGGGGUUUGUCGAGAGGCCGGGGUUUGAGCGGAUUCCGUGUCCUUAUGAUAAUGGACACAAUAUUGCAGCGAAGGAUUUACAGAAACAUUUGAAGAAAUGCAAUAAACGGCCAGGUGUCACACCAUCUUACUUUGUCGAGAACAUCAACGUCGCCAUCCCUCCUUCCCCAUCACCACAACCACCAUCAACAAUCGCCACAGAACCCACACCAACCCCCCGCUCCCGCCUCCUCGCCCUCCCCCUCCCCGCCUUCGCCGCCCUCUCCCAAAAAAUCUCCUCAAUCCACUCCCGCCUCCUCCCGCAGCCCCUGCGCACCCUCAUCCUCACCCACCCUUCUAUGAGCGACCGCAUCGAGCAAUCCCACGAGGGCAAACAUGCCGUGCAACAGGCGUCGCUGGUGGGGCAUAUGGAACGCGCUGGGUUGUUGAAGAAGGGGAAUGUGUUUGUGGAGUUUGGGGCGGGGAAGGGGGAGUUGAGCAGGCAGAAGUACGACGCGAUGCUAGACCACGCCCCGAACACCACCCGCCACCGGCUCCUCACCGACAUCAAAGACCUCUCCCUCCCGCACUACACCCCCGUCACCGACUCCCCCGUCGUCGCAAUCUCCAAACACCUCUGCGGCGCCGCCACAGAUCUCACACUCCGCUGUCUAUCCUCCUUCGAAUCCGCCACCAAAUCGAACCAACAAUUAAAAGGCAUGGUGAUCGCCCUGUGCUGUCACCAUAAUUGUUCAUGGGAGUGUUACGUCGACCAUGGGUUUCUGCAAAAGGUGGGGCUGGACAAGGAGGAGUUUGAGCUGCUGUGUGUGAUGAGCAGCUGGGCGACGUGCGGGACCAAAGAACAACGAGAGGCUGCGGAACUCGAACGUCGGAAAAACACCUCCUCCAACCCCGACUCCGAUACCGAAUCCGUCGCGGGUGAGGGUAGGACAUCACCAGCGGCAGACGACGCAGACGCGGAAGAAGCAGAGCACUGGACAGGCCUCCCGUUUUCCGCGCGCGAAACACUGGGGCAGCAAUGUAAACGGAUCCUGGAUGUCGGGCGCGCGGCGUACGUGCGCGAGACGAUGGGGAUGGAUGCUGAUUUGGUGUAUUAUAUAGAGAGGGAGAAUUCGUUGGAGAAUGUGGCGUUGGUUGUUACGCGGAGGGGGGAAGGGGGCGAGGCGGCAGCGACAUCGAGUUCCGUAGCGUAGAGUAGGAGUAGAGCUCGUUCAGCAUCCACUGAAUCAAUUA